AUGUUGUUUAGGCUGAGACCACUGAAAGGAGUAACUUUGCCCAAAAUACUAACGAGACAUUCUACAUAUCUGGGUGGACUCAUGCGUGAUGCUCGAAAGAAGAUUCUCAGAAAUUUCCACGAGGUAGCUGUCUUAUCGCCAGUGUUCAUUACACCACUGAAGGAUGGAGUGACGCCUGCGUUCCAGUUCACUUACAAUCCACCAGUUAAUAAGUUUCUUGGUGGGAAGCGCAAUCCGCUCCUUUUCACAUAUCUCGCAGUAAAUCGUCAACUGGUUAGCAAAAUAAGUACGGAG